UUGUAUUGAUUUCCUUUUCUCCUCCUUUUGUCUCCCCAUUCAGGACCGACAGCUCCUUCAAUUUCUUUUCCUUCUUCUUUGUUUUCUUUGUCCAAGACAUCACCUUUGUUUUACAAACAGUCGGUAUUCCAGGCUGGGGAUUCUGUGGCUGGAUUUCUUCACUCUCUGCGUUGAAAAGCAAUGUCGGUGUGGGUGUGGUCAUGAUGAUGGUCUCGGUCUUAUUCACAGCCUCUGCAGUUCUGGGGGUCGUGAUGUUGAAGCGGGUCCACUCCCUUUACCGGAGGACUGGUGCCAGUUUCCAGAAGGCACAAGAGGAGUUAGCAGCCGGGGUCAUGUCGAACCCAGCCAUGCGGAAUGCAGCUGGGGCUGCUGCUGGAGCAGCUGCACAAAACGCCUUCCAGCGUAACUGACAGCGUGAGGGAGCCACAUUGCCCCCUCCUGCACCAGGCAACUCUCCCUCCCUCUGCCUCCUCACACCCCCCCCCUCCUCUCUCUCCAUUUCAGCUUUUCACAGGCAAGAGGACACCAGACCUUCAUCCAGGCUCCUUGGCCAAUCAUAAUAACUUCCUAUUGGUUAGCCAAUCACAAGCUGGGAUUGCUGCUGAGGUUAAAGGUUGUGCCAAACGAUUGACAGGCCAUCAUGGGUUUUUAUUGUUUUUUUUGGUUAUGAACUUUGCGCACUUUUCAUUCAUGUUUAAUAAAGGGAAGCAACUGAGUACAUUUGUUGCUCCAAAGCUUAUGGUUUAAAAA